AUGAGUGUGUGGAGGAUAUUAAAUGAUAAUAAUUUACACCCCUAUCAUAGACAAAGAGUACAGGAGUUGUUGCCACGUGAUAAUAUCGCCAGACUAAAUUUCGCAACCGAUAUGAUAAAUCGAAAAACGGAAAAUCCUAAUUUUUUUUUGAACAUCUUAUUCACCGACAAGGCUGGUUUCACAAAAGAUGGUAUUUUCAACCAGCAUAAUUCUCAUUUAUGGGCUGAAGAAAAUUCACAUGCUAUACGAAUAGGAAGAUCACAGUACAAAUUUAGUAUAAAUAUUUGGUGCGGUAUUAUUGGAAAUUAUUUUUUGGGACCUCAUGUUUUAUCACCUAAGUUAAAUGGACGCGAGUUUCAAAUGUAA